AUGCUGACGUUGGUGAAUCGACGACUAAGAAUCUCAAAUGAUUCGAAUUUGAGAGGUGAACGGAAGCUCGUGAAAUGCCAUCGAAUUCUCUAUGAUCUCAAUGUGACGAGUGGAUUUUAUGUUAUUGAUAUCGAUUUCCUCACCGAAUUGCACACAAAUUGCGCGACUCAACCGAAAUCCCCAUUGAUAAUGAUGUUGGAUAAAAAUUUAGGGCACACACUCGAUAAAGAGCUUUUCAAUCGUUUCCAAAUUCUUCCCUAUGAGAAUUCAUCGAAGAAAGACUACGUUCAAGUACAAGAUGGAAACGUUUUUCGAUUAUUACCUAAAAGCAUUUCCUAUCUCCAAAUCGGCGCUAUUCACAUCCCCGCAAAUAUCCCUCAAUUUUUGCAAUUCUGGAAACGAUCUCGAAGGGUUGAUUGUAAAAAUGUUUUGGCGCGAGACGAGGAGGAGCUCGAGAAUCGAACGAUCCCGCUGAAUGGGAUCAAAGCGAUCGCCUCGGUUCGCGAUAUUUUCCUCUCUUUCGGCGCAUUCCCAUUCAUUCACGGAGGAUCUUUAUUGGGCUGGUACCGUGAAUGCUCGCUUAUUCCCCAUACAUAUGAUGCGGAUUUCGGGGUGCGAAUCGAUGAGAUGAGUCCCUCGAUUCAAUAUUAUUUGAGGACACUUCCCAAAGCGGCCGAUUUUGCCUUGUACAGAGCGUUGGGAAUGCUAUCAGACGGCUACGAGUUAACGAUUUAUUCCUGGGAUUUCUUUUUCUCAAUCGAUAUUUUCGGCAUUUACGAUGAAGGGGACAAAUCGUGGUGUGGAGGCACAUCGGAGACGCUGCAAAAGUUUCGAUAUUACUAUCCAAAAAUCGACGACUUUUGCUCGGCCGAUCUUCUCGAUCAUCAUUUCUUUAUUCCAUGCAAUGUGGAAGGGGUGCUAGAGGCCGAAUACGGUAAAGAAUGGGCAAAAGAUUUCCACACAAAAGCUUACGGUUGGAGUUCUUCGGCGAAAAAUGUGAAACACGUCGGGCAAUGGCCUGCAGAACUCAAAAAAGAUGUUUAUCAGAUAUUUUUAGAA